GCUGUCAAUAGCUUCUUCCAAGCUUAAUCUGCUCAUCCACAUCGCAAUCAUGGCUCCAGAAAGAGCCGGGAAGAGUGUCUUCCUGGGAAAUAUUCCCUACAACCUCACGGAGGAACAAGUGAAAGAUAUUCUCAGCUCCGCUGGCACAGUUACCAAGUUCCGACUUAUGCUGAAUCCUGAAACUGGCAAACCGAAGGGCUACGGAUUCGCUGACUUCGCCGACGCCGACGCCGCGGCCUCGGCCGUGCGCAACCUGAACGACUACGAGAUCAUGGGUCGUAAGAUCCGCGUCGACUGGCCCCAUAACAACGAGAAGGACUCCGUUCCGCCAGAAUACAAUCAGAAUGCCGGCGGUGCUGGCCCCGCCGCAUCACAACAAGACGGCCUGGGCCUCGGUGCCGGAGGAGCUGGCGCGCAACCCGCUCAUGCGCCGCUUCCCCCUCUGCCCCCGGGCGUUGAAGUGCCCCCGCAUCUCGACUGUCCGAACGCCAUCUCGCAGACGCUCGCUUCUCUCCCUCCCAAUCAACUUCUCGAUGUCCUCCACCAGAUGAAGUCCCUGGUCAUGGCCGACCCCGCUCGCGCUACGGAGCUCCUCCGCCAGGCGCCCCAGCUCGCCUACGCCAUCUUCCAAGCAUUACUCCUCAUGAACCUGGUUGACUACAGUGCCCUCGGCUCGGUGGUAGAACAGGCCGCUCAGACCGUCGCCGCUGCACCACCUCCGGCGACCGCAGCGGCAGCCGCCGCGCAAGCUUUCCAGACCUACCCCGGCCAAGUGUCCACCCCGCCUAUGGUCAGCGCCCCGUUCGGGCAGCAGCAGCCUCCCCAGGCUGCCCCUCAGCAGCCAGCCCCGCAAGCCAUCCCGGGCCAGGAAGAACUACUACAACAAGUCCUGAACAUGCCGCAGGCGGCCAUCGAUGCGCUUCCUCCAAUGGAACGCAGCCAGAUCCUGCUUCUGCGUCAGCAGUUGAUGCAGGGUGGGUUGCGUUGACGACGAUGAUGAUGAUGACCGACUCUACCUACAUAUGUCUUUCUUCGCGCUUCGAUUCCCGGCGGCAUCCGUGGCACAGUUCGUUGUUUCUUCGCAGAGAGAGCGUGUUACUCCUUCCGAAUGACGCUGUUUCUAUCUUUCCGACAACAACUAAUAUCUACUGCCAGCAGUACGAAACCUGCUCUGGUAUAUUUUCCUCUAAGUGAAGUUCAACAGAUGGAAUGGCGCAAAUGGUUUGUCUUGUCGUUUACAUGGGGUUCCUGUUAUUCUUGGGUUCAAAACCAUCACUCGGAUCUGUACUUUACAUAGCACUUCUUGCCUCGCGGGCUCUUUAUUUUAUCACGCGAGUUGUGGCAGAUAUCCCAAACGUUGAAUGCUCU